AGUUUAUUAAACAAACGUCAAAUUGAGAACACGAGAAACUUGUUUUGUUUACUAUCUCGCGUCGUUUACAAUAUCCUUGUUGAUAAGUAUUCGAAAUAUUUCCAAUUGCCCUGUUUUCAAAACAAUAAAAGUUCUAUAAAUCAUGCAGAAUAUCGUAAUUAAAGAUAUCUUUGAUGGAUUCAAUGAUUACUUGAACAAGGAGCAGGAACUUCGAGAGCAAAUUCGUGAAGUUGUUCGAGAAAUAGAUCAAGCCGCGAAGGAAGCAGCCAUUGCUCUACAAGUAAUUCACAGCAGCUUGACGGAGAUUUCGGCGGCUUGCACUAACGCCCGUACCCAUUUCGAAGUAUGUCGCAAAGGGUACCAACGAUUGGCCGAACUGAUUCCAGACGGACAAUACUACCGAUAUAACGAUCAUUGGCAUUUUCUUACCCAACGGGUUGUGUUCCUGGUAGCAUUGACCAUCUACUUGGAGAAAGGGUUCCUUGUAAGCCGCGAUACGGCAGCCGAAAUUUUGGGCAUGAAGACUAAACAAACGGAUGGUUUUCAUUUGGACAUUGAAGAUUAUCUUGUCGGAGUACUUCAAAUGGCAUCUGAAUUGAGCCGUUAUGCGACCAAUUCGGUUACCCUCGGAGAUUAUGAUCGCCCUCUGACGAUUUCAAAGUUUGUUGCGGAUCUUAAUUCUGGUUUUCGUUUGCUGAAUCUCAAGAAUGAUAGCCUACGGAAGAGAUUUGACGCACUAAAAUACGAUGUCAAGAAGAUCGAGGAGAUCGUGUAUGACAUUAGCAUCCGUGGGCUUCGAGUGGACACCGGAACGACUGCUACAGCUGCCGCUGAUGCUGAGCAGUAAUAUUAAAUGCUUCUUGGAUGUACAUAUUCUUGAAUCUAUAUUGCUUUGUCUAUUUGAUACUAUUUGAAAUAAAAAGUUGAAACAAAU